AUGACAUAUGGUCUGAAAGAACAACCAGGUGAUCCACAAAAAUACAGACAAUGCGGACCAAACAACAGAGUUUGGGUGGUGCCUUGCGUGUCGAGGGCGUUAUUUGAUCCAGUAAAUAAGGUAUGUAAGGAACAAUCGCACAUACAUGCGCUGCUAUCAAUUCGGCGAAAAUCGGGAAAAUCCGUCGAGGCGCGAGAACGAGACGGGACGAAGUUGCAACCGUUGACUGAAGAAUUCUUAUUCUCUACAAAAAAGCCGAAAAACAAUCGACCGCGGAUCAAGCCAACAUCAACAGCAUCUUCUACAUUGAGUCCUUCCACGAACUUGCCGUCUUCAACAAAAACCUUAGGGCGUUUUCCUACACCGCCACCGUUUGAUUUUCUGAGUACAACAACUCGUCCAUUGAUUCCGGCUAUGGAAAGCACACAAGAAUUGAACAUCCCGCCUACCGUAACACCCUCGAUGAUUGAUAUGGAGCCAUUGGGACCUCCGGGACUUCCUUCUAUCCCAGCAAGGAGCAACUCAGCACCCCCUGCCGCACAUACGGUCAGUUACAAGGGCAUAACUAUGAGCGAAGAAGAAUUCUUGAAACAGCUUGUGCGCAUAGUUGAAGCCCAUCAACUAGCAAUCAGUAAGAUCAAAGAACAAGUCGAGCAGGAACGAAUUAGAGAAAAGGCCGUUGCUAACAAAAGCAUAACAGAAAAUUAUAGAAAACAAGGAACUGCAGGCAAUCACGGCGGAGAAGCGAGCCAGAUGAAUACAAAGGAGCUGGAACGACAAUCCAUGGAAUUACAACGGCAGAGGGAGAGAGUGGAACAUGAAUGGCAAGAAGAGUUGGCUAAACAAAAGUCAGCAGAAGAAGAACUGAAAAGCCAGCAAGAGUACGCAGAGAAAUUAGCAAAAACUCAACAUCUGAAAAAGAUGCUGGCUUGGCAACGAGAACUCGCACAAAAGAAAGCAGAACUGGAGAAAAAGGAAAAGGAAUUGGCAGAACGACAAAAACAAAUAGAAGAGAAGUUGAGACAGGAGGAGGAUGCUCGUAAAACAGCAGAAGAGAAACAAAGGCAAUUACAAGUGGAAGAAAAGAGGAAGCAAGACCAGGAGAUGAAGAAAAAGGAGCUAGCCAGACAAAAAGCAGAGAUGGAAAAGAAGAAGAAAGAGAAACAGGAGAAAACACGCAUGUUGGCUGAAAAGAAGAAAGAAGAAGAAAGGAGGGAACAGGAAAGAAAGAAAGCUGAAGAUGAACGAAAACGCCAAGAGAGACAACGGGAGCUGGCUCGACUGAAAGCAGAAAGAUUGCAGCGAGAAAAGGAAGAAGAAGCGCGGAAAGAGCGGAAGAAGCUGGAAGAGGAGCAUCUUAUCGAAGUGGAGAGGAUACGCUUAGAAAUGGAAAGGGAAAUGGAAGAAGAAGCGAGGAGGAUGGCAGAAAUGGCCGCAUCAGAAGAAAGGAAUGGCUCUUCUUCAGACAAAUCAAGUUUCCGGAUCCACAAUUCAGACGAGCAUAUGACAGGAGGGAACAACCAACACACCGCUCAUGAAAACAAAGUCAUUGAAGCUGUGAUGUCUGGAUUGAUGGCUAGUAAAAGCGGGCAGACGACGAUGGAACCGGAAGUGGAAAUCAUGCGCUUUACUGUACCACCACCUACGCCCUCCUCACCUGAGAAUGAAUGGGUAACAAGCCCACACUCAUGGCGUCCUGCGCCGGAUGUUCAGACUAAUCAGCUGGAAUGGUCCCAAGCUCAGAUUCCUUCCACUGGAACUUCCGAACUUCCAUCAAAGGUUUUGUCAAAAUGCAGCCCAGUCAGCGAAUGCGAUUUCAACUACGAGGAAGACUUGCUCUGCCCUCACCCUAGCAGUCCAAAUCUCUAUCUGCAGUGUACUCCGUGGAUAGGAAUACGAGGCCGAUGGGCUGAGCGCAUGUGCCCGCCAAACCUCGUGUUUAUGCCGUAUUACGGUAGAUGUGGUUUAGAUGUGGAAGCCAGUUUCACACAUAGGAAUACGAUGAUUCCCCGACUACCAUCCGAUCCCGAAUUCAUCCAAUGGAGAGGCAAUAAAGACCUGCAGCAGAACACUGACACCACACAAACGCCAUAUAAUUAUUUGGUAACAGAAGAGGUUUUACAACCGAUCCAAGUGGUGACGAGAAAACCGAUCUACAAGAUUAUCGAGGAGUUUCCGCAAGAUUUGCUACCCUCAAGCGACGUACAAAACUCAUUCUUUCCCGUGGUCUACGAACCCAAGGAGACGCCCACGGAUUCGGGACUAACGUUUCCGCUGUUCCCAAUGAUUGAGCCUGAUUUCCUCGUUCCUUUCGAAAAGUUUCAAGAUGAAUUCAAUGAAGACACCUCCUUUAUAGGCAGUAUAGUAAAGCCGGCUGUCAAAAAGAUUGCACUGGAUCAAGCUGAAACAUUUCUAGAUCGCAUACUCUCCGAUGAUGUAGAGAGUAGAGGCGAAACCUCAACGCGUUCUGUAUCAACCCUGUCGUCAGAAGAUGGUUGGAGAUAACUCAGUAAUAUGGACGGAAGUACAGUCGAGUAGA